CGCCCAUCUCCUAGCCCCGUCGUUUUAACUGAGUUGGAUAAACUCAAGAGACCAUUUGUCUGGGGCACACAAAAAGAAACCAUAUGUUCACGGGCAAGAAGCAGCGGACUCGUUGUGGUCUGCACAACCACUGUGAAAAAUGUUUCAAUCGAUAUUGCCAGGUUCCAGUUGAGCCUGCUGUGUCUUGUGUGGUGAUCAGCUGCCGAUCUCGCUGCGGUGCUGCCUUUCAUAUGUGUAAAGAGGAUGAGCACCAGCUCCUGUGUCCUCUAGAGCAAGUUUCAUGUCUCAACUCUUUUUAUGGCUGCCCUUUUACAAUGGCUCGUUUUAAAAUGGCAAAACAUCUACAAGUCUGCCCAGCCAGUGUUGUUUCCUGCUCGAUGGACUGGAAUCGGUGGCCAUGUGUGGACUCGGAAGCUAUUCUGCAUGAGAAUAUUAUGAAAGAAGAGCCCAGAGAAGAUUGUCUUGAUGUGGCCCUAGCUAUGAAAGAUCAAAAAAAUCUCUUUGAGGCACUCAAAAUGGUCGAACUUUUCCCAGAGUGCAAAGAGGAAGAAAUAGAUGCUAAUAUUGAGGACAUAGAUGAACCUGCUGAAGGAGCAGUUGGUGAGUCUGAAGCAAAUUAUGCUCAUACAGCUGAACUUAGCCAGCAUGAACGUGAGCAGCUGGCAAAGGACAAAGAAGGUAUGGAUUUAAUUGGUUAUAAAGCCUGGGAAAGUAUGUUUAGCAAAGAAUUUACAGCAUGUACUGUAACAGGUGCAUCAGCUGACAAAGGGAAACAAAAAACAGGGAGUAAAGGGCAGAGUUCAAAGAGUUGUGUGUCGGAAGAAAGGAAUAGUGCAGAAGAAAGUGACGUUCAGUCCCCUUCUCAAAUUAAUUUAGCAGCUGAAAAGACAGGCCUGGCUCCUUGGCAAGAUGGCGUACUGGAGAGACUAAAAACAGAAGUUCCUAUAGGGGAGUACAAUAUGUAUCUGGUCCACCAUGGACGGAUGCUCAUUCAUUUCGGUCAGAUGCCUGCCUGCACCCCUAGAGAGAAAGACUUUGUAUAUGGAAAUCUGGAAGUUCAUGAAGUGAAGACGGAGACAACCUUCAAAGUUCCAACCAGCUAUUGUGGCAGAAGAGCCCGACUUGGUGAUCCAACAGCACACAAGAAACCGACUAAGAGCAUAUCUGUGGAUACUUCUGACUUGGGAAUAAAUUUGGAGGAACUUCCUAAAUGCAGUGCCAUAAAAACUACACUGUUGUGUGCCCUGGAGAAGGAAUUGAAAGGACAUGAGAUAUCUCAGACAGGCAGUACUGAUGCUCUAUAUGUGGAUUUUGGUACGCAAACAUAUAGGUUUGCCACGGAGCCUUUCACUUCCACAACAGUUCUAGCAGACAUUCUAGAUGUAAGUGAUCCGCCCAACCUCAACUUACAGCUUCACAGUGAGAGCGUAACCCAAAGGCACAACAAAAGUAGCUCUGCUUUCACUUUUUCUUGCAACCACUUCUUCCGCAGAGAUGAAUUUCCUUCACAUUUCAAGAAUGUUCAUACCGAUAUCCAGUCGUGUCUCAAUGGAUGGUUCCAACGUCGCUGUCCACUUGCUUAUCUGGGCUGCACUUUUGUUCAAUAUCCCUUGUGCCCUUCUGGACAAAGAUCCAACGUUAUCUACAGCCAGCAUCUCAAGACAUUUGCCGUGAAGCCAGAGGUUGACCCUGUCCUCUUACAAAUAAAUAAAAACACAUUGAUAAGAAAUAACCAAGGGAAACAAAUGGAUGUUCUAAGCAUUUUGCCCUUGGAGAUCCUCAAGUACAUAGCUGGGUUUCUGGAUAGCUUCAGUUUGUCUCAGCUGGCUCAGGUGUCUGUACAAAUGAGGGAGAUCUGUGCUACUCUUCUGCAAGAAAGAGGAAUGGUUUUUCUGUUGUGGGAAAAGAAAAAAUACAGUCAUGGGGGCACUUCGUGGAGAAUCCGCAGAAAGAUAUGGAAGUUUAGCAACCUCUUUUCUACAAUUAACAACUGGCAGUUCCGUGACAUCCCUUCUAUGGCUGUUCAUUUGAAGACCUGCCCUUUCAAUGAUGUGGAGCACAAGAAGGAUCCUGUUUUGCUGGCUAGCAUGCUUUCGCCGGAAGAGGAGGUCCAAGAGACUUUAGUCUCGACACUGAGACGUGGACGUGAUUCGACGAAAAUUCAGAAAAGACUGUUCUGAGACCUGUUAUAAAAGGUGUUUCAGUUUUGAAAUAAAAUACCUGAAAUUCA